GAAGUGGCGGUCCGAUCUGUGUCAGCCUCGGCUUUCGCUGCCGGCUCGGGGUUCAGUUCUCUGCGGCGCUAUGAGUUCCUUUGAGGGACAGAUGGCUGAGUAUCCCACCAUUUCCAUUGACCGCUUCGACAGAGAGAACCUGAAAGCCCGAGCCUACUUUCUGUCCCACUGCCACAAGGAUCACAUGAAAGGAUUAAGGGCCCCUACCUUGAAAAGAAGAUUGGAGUGCAGCUUGAAGGUUUACCUGUACUGUUCUCCUGUUACUAAGGAGUUGUUGUUAACUAGCCCGAAAUACAGAUUCUGGGAGAAACGAAUUAUAUCAAUUGAAAUUGAAACUCCUACCCAGAUAUCUUUAGUUGAUGAAGCAUCAGGCGAGAGGGAAGAGAUUGUUGUGACUCUUUUACCUGCUGGUCACUGCCCAGGAUCAGUUAUGUUUUUAUUUCAGGGCAAUAAUGGAACUGUCUUGUACACAGGAGACUUUAGACUGGCGAAAGGAGAAGCUGCCAGAAUGGAGCUUCUGCACUCUGGAGGCAGAGUAAAAGACAUCCAAAGUGUAUAUUUAGAUACUACCUUCUGCGAUCCAAGGUUUUAUCAAAUUCCAAGUCGCGGGGAGUGUUUAAGUGGAAUUUUAGAGCUGGUUCAAAGCUGGAUCACUCGGAGCCCGUACCAUGUUGUGUGGCUGAACUGCAAAGCAGCUUAUGGCUAUGAAUAUUUAUUCACCAAUCUUAGUGAAGAGUUGGGAGUCCAGAUUCAUGUGGACAAGCUGGACAUGUUUAGAAACAUGCCUGACAUUCUUCAUCAUCUCACAACAGACCGUAGCACCCAGAUCCACGCAUGUCGGCAUCCAAAGGCAGAGGAAUAUUUUCAUUGGAACAAAUUACCAUGUGGAAUUACUUCCAAAACUGGAAUUCCACUCCACAUAGUCAGCAUUAAGCCUUCUACCAUGUGGUUUGGAGAAAGAACUAGAAAAACAAAUGUGAUAGUGAGAUUAAAGAUUUCUUGAGCUACAUUUGUCCUGUGAACGCAUAUCCAAAUGUCAUCCCAUUGGGCACAACUAAGGAUAA